ACGUCGGAUUGUAAUUGAUGUAACCCCAUCCGCUGGUUUCAAAACUGAGCCUGUUGUCAGUAGUUUGUAGUUUGUAGUUUGGGUUACUUUCGCCAUUCUGUCGUGAUGCCUGCUGAAAAUCUGCGAUGGGACACUUUACAGGCUCUGAAAAGUUCACCGAAGGCAAACAUAAGAUUUGACCCAUACUGGUCGCAGAGGGGCGAGGAUAUUUUGGCAGGUUGUAAAGAUGGCCUCAGCUUGUCCUCGGACUCUGCGGUCAUAUUGCAGCGGCUCAGCUCUUCGCCCCUGCAGAAGUCCUGCUUUCUGGGUUCCAGCUCUGGAGACUCCAGCCCUGGCCUCUCUGAGGAGAUCUCGGCCUCAGCUUCCUCCACAGGAUCCAUCCCUGACAUCAAUGGGAAGCACACCACACUUUCUGCAGCCCCACCUUUAAGGGCUGAGAGUGAGCAGGCUCUUAGUGAUGAGGCGAGGGAUGAAGAUCCAGAGACAGACAGCGAAGUUUCCAGUCCUACAUCGCUACCUGCCAUUUCGCUGCUGUCGCCCAAAGCCAUGGAGACGGCCGGCCACAUUCUCAAAUUUGAGGCGGAACAACGAGAAAAGGCCAAGAUGGCGCUCAAACUGCGGCAGGAGAUGCAGGAGAAGCUGGUGGCGGCGGUGGCGAGCUCAGAGUCGGAACAGCUGAAACGCUUUGAGGAGUUCAUGGAGUUGAAGCAGAGACAGGAGUACCAGAGCAUGAGGGACAUGAUGGAAAGAGAAACUAAAGAGAGCAUCGGGCGUCAAGAGAAACUGAAGGAAGAGCAAAGAUACAGAAUGAAGAUCCUCAACCUGCGGCUGAGGGAGGCGGAGCAGCAGCGCCAUCGGGAGGCGGAACUGGAGCGGCAGCGGCGGACGGAGGGCAGGGAGAGACUGCGUAACCUUAACGCCAUCCAGGAGGAGAUCCUGCAGCUCAACCAACUGCUGGAUCCGUCCACCCAGACCAAAACUGAGCUCCCGCUGGCCAGCCUCAGCUCCCUCAGCACCCGCGGGAACCAGCUGUGCUCCCAGGUGUCAGAGGUGGUGCGAAAGACGGCAGAGGGAGAGUUUCCCAGCGUAGAGGACAUGACCGUGGCCGAGCGAGCCCUGCACGAGAUGAGGGCGCUGAUCCGGCUGAUGCAGGAGGAGGUCGCCAAGGCUCAAGAGAAGAAGAAGCAGGAGCAAGAGCAGGAAGAGGAGCGCAGGAAGCAGGUGGAGCUGCAGGCACAGCAGGAAGCACAGAAGAAGGCGGUGCAGUCGGCCAAAGAGAAGGCACAGAGGAAAGGGCUGCAGAACAGCGCUGAAGAAAGCACACUGAAAUGGUACAAGGAGCUGCAGCAUUCAGCUGCUCAGUGCGCUCAGUCCUUCGAACAACUCAACUCCCCUAAAGACGCCCAGACAAAGAAGCUGAAGUUGGAGCUCCAGAAAGCAGCCAGCAUCCCUGUCAGUCAAAUCUCCAGCAACUCUGGAUCACAGCUCCAAGAAAUCUUUGACAAGAUUGACAAGCUGCUGUCGGGACGGCCGGUGGUGUCGGGAGGGAAGUCUGUCUCCACCUCCCAGCAUCCACAGGGCCUGGACUUCGUCAGUUACAAACUGGCUGAGAAGUUUGUGAAACAAGGAGAGGAGGAGGUGGCGUCUCACCACGAAGCUGCCUUCCCCAUCGCCGUGGUGGCCUCUGGCGUUUGGGAGCUGCACCCUCGAGUGGGUGACUUUAUCCUCGCCCACCUGCACAAGAAAUGUCCGUACGCAGUCCCACAUUACCCUCCAAUGAAGGAAGGCACACAGGUGGAGGAAUAUCAGAGGAUUCUUGGUUACCGUGUGGACGACUCCGGGGUUGAAGGUCAGGACAGUUUCCUGAAGAGGAUGUCGGGGAUGAUCCGUCUCUAUGCUGCCAUAAUCCAGCUGAGGUGGCCCUACGGCUCCAAGCAGGGGGCUGCUCCUCACGGUCUGAACAAUGGCUGGCGUUGGUUGGCUCAGAUGCUCAACAUGGAGCCCCUGGCAGACAUCACGGCUACGCUGCUGUUCGACUUUCUUGAGGUUUGUGGUAAUGCUUUGAUGAAGCAGUAUCAGGGCCAGUUCUGGAAACUCAUCCUGCAACAUUUCUGUUGUUUCAUGUGACACAAAUUCAAGGCCUGGAAAUAGGUAAAAUGAUUUCUAGAUCAGCAUGAAAAACCCUGUGGGCUGUUAGACUAUUAAAAAGGGACAGUGAUAGUUUCACCUUCACAUAACACAAAAUAAAGAAACAUUUGCAGGAAAAUCAAGAUUGCUGAACCAAGAUAGGCUGACUUAUUGGUUUUUGUUGUAUUGUGAAAACAUGACUUUACUGUCAAGUAUAUUUCAAGAAUAUAUAAUAUUGUUCAGUUACCACAGUUCACCAGUAGAUGCCAGUAAAAUGCUCUUAAAUGAACAGCAGAGUCGAUAGGUUCUCCACAAGCAGCUCGCUCAUUAAAUGGUCAGAUAUCAGAUAUCUGGCAACAGUAUAUUCAUGUGUAUCAUCUACAUAAAUGUCUGCAGUUAACUCAUUCAUA